AUGGCAGAAGAACCAUCUCUUCUUAAUAUUUAUGACGUUUUCCUCUCAGGCUACGAUGAGUUGAAAGUUAUGAAGAUGAAGGAAAUCUUUUACAGCUUCAUUAUCAAUAAAACCCCAGCUAACGAAUUAUUAAAACAAUGCAUUUCGGUUUUGGGAACAACUCAGCCACUCGAUAAUUUAAUUAAGCUCUUAGAAGUAGAUUCCAGGCCUAUUCCGGUUUCAAGCUCGAGUAGAAAGAAAUUCGUUAACAAAACUUUUAAUUCUUGGACACAAUACGAAGAUCAAAGACUUCUCGCGGGCAUACAUAAAUUUGGUAUAUCCGAUUUUCGUCUAGUGGCCAAUUUUGUCGGAAAUGGAAGAACUCGAAGUCAAUGUUCUCAACGUUGGAACCGCUCACUCAAUCCAACUAUUGUAAAAUCUCCAUGGACCCAAGAAGAAGAUAUAAUGCUUAUGCGUGCUGUUGCAAUCAAUAGAGACCAUAGUUGGACCAAGGUUGCAAAUGAAAUUCAUGGGCGAACAGAUGUUCAAUGUAGAUAUAGAUAUCAACUAAUUUAUCAAAAAUAUCCAUCAGACUUAGGAAUAAAACCAAAUGAAUUCAUCACGCAAUCUUAUGGUAUUCAAAUUCCAUUGCCAAUGGCUCAAUCUUCAGAAAAUUUGCAGGAAUUUUCUAAUAAGAAAAACGUUGAAAUGGAUAGUUAUACUCCAUUAUCCAAAAAUUUAAUUGAUAUGUUAAAAGUAUCCACUUCCGAUCCAUAUAGCUUAUUCAACAUAUGCGAAAACAAUUGA